GAGCCUCCUGCUCGCAGCCCGCUCCUCCACCUCCGAGCCGGGCUCCUUCCUUGAGGCGGGGCGGCUUCCCGCGUCAGCCCCCUUUUGGCGAGGGAGGGAAGAACGGACGGAAGGAAGGAAGGAAGGAAGUGGGAUGGGGGGAAGAGCAGGCGCGUAGCGAGGAGCGCCCUGGUGCCGCGUUGGGCGAGACUGAGCGCCGUGGCGGACGCGGCUCCUCCUCGCGGGAACAAAGAGGCGCGAAAGCGAGGUCUGCGCGGCAGAGGAGGGGCGCCCUUCCCGGCUCCGACGGACGCUGCGGAGAUGAGAGAAGAGUGACAAGGCAUGGAUAUAACAUGAAUCUCUUAAUAUGUUCAGAAAGGAUGUACAUUUUGUGAAAUCUUAUUCCUUAUUCCUUAUUCCUCAAAGAUGGACGAGUCAGCCUUGUUGGAUCUGUUGGAGUGUCCUGUCUGUUUAGAACGCCUUGAUGCUUCUGCAAAAGUCCUGCCUUGUCAACAUACAUUUUGCAAACGGUGUCUAUUAGGCAUUGUAAGCUCCCGAAAUGAGCUUCGAUGUCCAGAAUGCAGGACGUUAGUAGACUGUGGUGUUGAAGAACUUCCCAGUAAUAUUUUGCUGGUUCGACUACUGGACGGCAUCAAACAGAGGCCUCGGAAACCUGGUAGUUUGGUGAGUUGCGCAAAUUCAUUAAGGGCCCAGACUAGCACUGUUGCUAACUGCAUUCCAAAAGACCUUCAGAAUGCUCAAAGUGGACAGCAGCAAAGAGUACAAGCACGGAGUCCUCCUGUUAGGGGUGUACCUCAGUUACCAUGUGCCAAAGCAUUACACAACUAUGAGGGGAAAGAACCUGGAGAUCUUAAAUUCAGCAAAGGAGACAUCAUCAUAUUACGUCGACAAGUCGAUGAAAAUUGGUAUCAUGGAGAAGUUAAUGGUGUCCAUGGAUUUUUUCCUACCAAUUUUGUCCAGAUUAUUAAACCUUUACCUCAGCCUCCACCUCAGUGCAAAGCACUUUACGAUUUUGAAGUUAAAGACAAGGAAGCAGACAAGGAUUGUUUACCUUUCUCCAAGGAUGAUAUUCUGACUGUGAUUCGCCGAGUAGAUGAAAAUUGGGCUGAAGGAAUGUUGGCGGACAAAAUAGGAAUAUUUCCUAUUUCAUAUGUUGAGUUUAACACAACAGCAAAGCAACUGAUAGAACUGGACAAACCCUCAGGUUCAGCAGUAGAUUCUGGAGAAGGCACCUCUGGUGCAUCCCACAGCAAUUCAGUUCAAAAGCACACUGAUACCAAGAAAAACACCAAAAAACGUCAUUCCUUUACUUCCCUUACAAUGUCCAACAAAGCCUCACAAUCUUCUCAGAAUCGUCACUCAAUGGAAAUCAGUCCUCCUGUCCUCAUCAGUUCUAGUAACCCUACAGCUGCAGCCCGUAUAAGUGAACUCACAGGCCUUUCCUGCAGUGCACCUUCUCAGGUUCAUAUUAGUACCACUGGGCUGAUUGUGACCCCACCACCGAGUAGUCCAGUUACAACAGGCCCUUCUUUUACUUUUCCACCUGAAGUCACAUACCAAGCUGCUCUUACUAAUAUGAAUCCCCCUUUACCACCACCACCCCUCUUGUCUGCUACAAUAAUUGCCCCAACUUCUACUGGACUGCCUUCAGGAGGUGCUCAAAAAUCUGCCUCAGGAUCAACUGAGCAAAUAUCUCAUUUGCGGUCACAAACAAGGCCAAGUGUGUACAUUGCUAUUUAUCCAUACACUCCUAGAAAAGAAGAUGAACUGGAACUGAGAAAAGGCGAGAUGUUCUUGGUGUUUGAACGUUGUCAGGAUGGCUGGUUCAAAGGAACUUCCAUACAUACAAGCAAAAUUGGUGUAUUUCCUGGCAAUUAUGUGGCACCAGUUACAAGGGCAAUGACAAGUGCCUCUCAAGCAAAAGUCCCUGUAUCUACUGCUGGUCAGACAGGAAGGGUGGUGACCAUGGUCAAUGCUUCUACUGCUGGAGGAACAUUGCAGAAAAUUCAGGGAAAUGGAGUAACAGUGAACGCCAGUGCAGUGCCAACUGCUGUGGUCUCUGCGGCACAUAUACAGACAAGUCCACAGACCAAGGUUCUUAUGCACAUGACUGGCCAAAUGACUGUCAACCAGGCUCGCAAUGCAGUCAGAACAGUUGCAAUACACAGCCAAGAAAGACCUACAGCCACCGUGACACCAAUUCAAGCUCAAAGUUCAGCAUGCCUUAUUCCUGCUGCUGUAAUUAUUCCACACCAUUCUGUUGCCUCUCAACAGCUCCAACCUCAGCUUUCAAAUGCUGCUGCUUACAUCACAGCUGUGAAUAUCAACCGGACAAAUGUCCCAUUGGCUUGUGCAACAUCUUCAUUAAGUUCUCCUGCCACCUCUGCAUCUCUGGAUGGAGAGGCAAACGGGAGAAUUGUGACUGUUUACCCUGGAGCUCCAGCUUCUCCAGAGAAUACAUUAGCAGCUGGAGGGGUUAUUACUGUCAGUAAACCAGAUAGAGAUGGCAAGAAAGAAAAAAAGGGGUUGCUGAAAUUACUUUCAGGAGCAUCUGCCAAGCGCAAACCUCGAACAUCACCACCAUCAUCACCAACUCUAGAAGUUGAGCAGGCAGCUGCAGAGCUGGCUCUACAAGGUGCUGUAGGGCCAGAGGUCCCAUCAACCUCAAGUCACGGAAGAGCUGAGUCUUGCUCCAUGGACAGUGAAUCACCUGUAUCAGUGCAGGAGAAUAGUCAUCGGAAAACAAGUUCUUUGGAUUCCAGUAUUCCGAUAGCUCCGCCUCCACGGCAGCCCUGCUCUUCAUUGGCCCCAGUACUGAAUGACUCUAGACCUGUAGUCUGUGAACGGUACAGGGUUGUGGUAUCCUAUCCCCCUCAGAGUGAAGCUGAGCUCGAGCUUAAAGAAGGAGAUGUUGUUUUCGUACACAAAAAGCGUGAAGAUGGCUGGUUUAAAGGCACACUGCAACGAAAUGGAAAAACUGGACUUUUCCCUGGCAGCUUUGUGGAAAGUAUUUGAGAAGCUUAUUUCAAAUGUUUCAAAUCACAUAGCACUAUAAAAUAGCACAAAGAUUUUACAAGAGAGUGCAAAUAUAGAAGACUUUUAAAUGACUGUAAUAUAAACAAAGUUAUAUUUAUGUUUUUCAGUAUCCCACAGCACAAUUCUGCCAGCAAACAAAGAUGAGAUACUUGCUGGGGAUUUUUUUAAUCAUUCUGAAUUUUUAAGUGUAAUGUGUGCCUUGUAAUGUUUGAUUUAUUCUACAGAGGAAGUUUUUUUUUCCAAAUAUAUAACACAAAAGAACAAUUGUUUACAAGGCUGUAACUAAUUUAUUCUUGGUUUUCUAAACUUGAAUUCUGUUUAAUAGCUAAAGCUUGGUGAUUAUGAUUAACAAGUUAUUAAUUUAUGAAAUAAGGUAAGGAGAAGCUGGAUUCUCUCCUUUUACAAAGGCAUAGUGUCUGAGAGAUGGCUUUCUCCCACUGUGUGACAGUAAAGUGAGUUUGUUUUAUACAUUAUUGUUGGCUGUAAUGAUGGUGAUGUGGUGUCAAACUGAACCAUGCAAACUGGGAUAAAAUGGAACUGUGGAUUUUCUUAUUUUGGUGAGAAAUUGUCAAUAGCAGGUCUAAAUGUCCCAGACAGUGUAGCAUUUCUGGAAGGCAUAUAACUGUGCAACAGAGUUAAAUCUUAACAUUCUCAAAGUGAGGAUGAAAAAUGGAAAAGAUGCCAGAAAUGGGGAGAUCAGCUUCCUCUAGCUUCUGUUUGUUCAAGUGUUUUGGAUAUCUGUCAAGAUUUAGCUUUGCAGAUUUGGCUAGUUCUUUGGGCACAUGGCACUCACAGAAUAUAAAUGAGAUUUUUAAAAAUGUUAAUCGCAAAACUCUGAGAAUAGGGAUAUAGUAGUAGUGAUUAGCUGCAAUUGUUGGUAGUAUUCAAAAUUUAAAUUCAAGUUGCACUCACUGUCUAAAUAUGCCAAGAAAUGUUUGCUUCUUUUCCUUUUCAAAGUUACUUGCAUGGCUGAGAGACAAUUUUACAGUGUUUGAGCAAUAGUGGUGGUAAGUGAUACACUUGUGUUUUUAAAGUAAAGGCUGUAAGAACACUGUGAAACUUUUGCUAAUUUUGUAACUAUUGCUACUUUCAUAUGUCUUAACUUCUCAUUGUCUUGCAUGUACUACAAAUUUUCAUGGGCAUACAAAACAGUGCAUGAUUUAUAGAUUGUAUUCCAGAGUCCUUUUGUUGGUUACUCAGCUGUUAAAUCAACCAGUUAUCUGCUAGUACAGAAGCCACUGACCAAGACUAGUGAAUGAUUAAGUCCUAAUUAUGUAGGGAGUGCUCUAAAUCCUCAACAUCAUUCCAGCCAUGGAUAUCUGGAAGCAUAAGAGACCUGGGAAGGAUAUCUGUCACCUAAUUUCAGGGAUGGAAGAACAUUUUCCAUCUUUGUUUCCCCCAUGUUACCUUGCAUUCUUACUUGUUAACCUUUAGAAAUAAACUUUUUAAUAAUUAGUGAUCAGAAUGCACACUGCAAUAUCACUCCUUUGUUCUCCACAUGGACAGAUUUAUUGGAAGGCAUUCUUCAGCGCAGAGGGGAAAGAAUAUUAUAGCCAUGGCAAGGUUUAGCAACCUCUUGCCCACUGUGCUUUUUGUGGCCUUGGGUAUGUGUGAAGAUAAAAACUCCCAAGUCCCAUGAUAGGUGACAGAAAGAUGGUGCUUUAACUCAGUUUGAGACUCUUGUUACACUUCUGUUCAGAUAAGCUAUAAAGCCCUGUUUGGAAACAUGUUUUUUAAUUGCUGCAGGAGAGGCCAUUUUCUACAUUUUCACUCCUUAGUAAUCUGCUGGUAUGUCCUGCCAGUAUUCUUCCCCAUUCCUCUCCACACUAAUUAAAGUGUGCAAAGGGAGAACAACACAUUAACUAGCUAGAUUAUAAAGGCAGGAAAUUUGUAGUCUUCCAGAUGUUUUGGCAUAUGACUCCCAACAUCCGUCCCCUUAGCUGUGCUAGGCCAAAAAUCUGGAUGGCAAUAAGUUGCCUACUACUGAGCUAAAAGAAGAAUAACCCUCUUGUCACUUGUAAAGUCCACUGGCUCCCUUUCCUGGCUUGAAAGGAGUGGAAAUGGAGGCAAUUCUCCUUCCAAUCCACUCUACCCUCAGCUUUUAAAGCAGCACCCUUGCUGACAAAAGUAAUAGGAUCAUGUAGGAGAGACUCAGCCACUCUUGGGUAUAUCUAUCUUUGCCUCUCAUCUCUCCCAACAGUAUCAAGUAACUGAGUUGGGAGCUCCAAUGAGGCGAAUUGGUGAAUUUGACAGCCAGACCCUUGAGUGUCUGUGAACUGCCAAUUGCUAAUACCUAAAUGGAUCCUGUAAAGAAUAUGCUACUAUUUCAAGGUUGUGGGUAUCCUUUUAGUCUUCUUUUUUUAUAGAUUGUAAAAAUUCAGCACUAGUGACUCAUAAUCUGUACACAUUUGCUUGAUUAAAGCAAUCUUGUUAAACUCAGCUCAGCCUGCUCCUAUGUCAGGUUUAGCUAGAUGUUACCAGCUUUUAUUCUGAUAGGCUCCUGCUUCUUGAAGUGUGUGGCAGGUAAAAUUCAGUGACCCUGAAUACCAUGGCAUACAUAUACUGCCAUGGCAAAGCUUCAACUGUUGAAUUUUUGCCCAUCAUGCAGCUGCUAAAGACGGACAACUUAGUUAUGAAGAACAAUAGAUUAUCUUAAGUUCAGUACCUCUUCCCUACUAUUAGACUUGGUGGAACUUGAAUACUCUUAUUCUUUACUAGAGUGGAAACUUGCAUCAUAAUAUGAAUUUAAAGGAGAUAUAUGCAAUGUAAAGAAGAAAAAAAUAUAGACUUGCUGGUGAUUUACAAAUGAUUUCAUACGUAAAACACAACAGGUUUUUUUUACUUAAAAAUGGUGAGGAACCAACUAUUACCUGAAGGAAUAUUUUGCAAAAUCAAGUAGUUUCAUGAUGGUCUUAAUCUAAAGUAUCUUGCUGAAACCGAAAUCAUUCCUAAAUUAACACCUGUGUGAGACACUGUACAACUCAAUUCUUGUGGAAUUUAAAAAGAUUAGUUUACUUGAAUGUUCAUAUGAUGUACAAGCUAUUUGAAAUGAACCUUAGUUAGAAAAAUGCUGGCAUCAGUUUUCAUGAGUAUAAAUUGACACUAAUGUGUCAACCUUAUUUUCACAUAUUAGGGUUUUUUAUAUAUUGAAGACUACUACAGAGAAUUUUUUUCUCUUCUUCAUAAGGUAGAAUACUUGUGUGGCACAGGUACCUCUAUUCAUAGGGUUUUAUUAUGUAAAGUCUAUCAAAAUAUAAAUUAAUAUGAUAGUGUUGUUAGAUAUAAUACAUUUUCUAAUGACUUUUUUUAAAGAAUCACUUUUAGUUUUAAGGGCUUGAUACACAUUGGUACAACAAUAUCAACAAUUGCAGUUUUCCAUGCCUUGUGACCUUUAUAAAGUUGUGGGAGUUGGGUUGGGGAUUUUUGGCUCAUGUGUAAUCCAGUGUAAGAACAAAAGAAACCCUUGCAUUUUGGAUAUUUCCUUAAAGAACUUUUGUGGAAAAUUUACUGUCUAUAUUUGAGCUCCAAUGAAUGUUACGUGUUUUUCUCUGUUAAAUUUCAUUCCUAAUAAAUAUUUUCUUAGCAAACA